UUAUGGAGAAGCGCUUGUCCAUCUAUGUUGAUACAGAUCUAAAAAACUGGACUAACCGUGCGUGCGCCGACGUAGCUCUUCGCGUUGGACUAAUUUUUGUUUUACACGAGAGUGGGGGAGAAACUUUUUUGUUUUGUUUUGCUUUUCCAUCGGAUUGGUUUUAUUCCGUGAGAGGAGCGCGCCGCCUCGCUCUCCUCCCGGCCGGGAAGCUGUUCGUCGGGCGACCUGGCUCUGCUGCAUUCGGGCCCCUCUCCGCUCUCCAGUGAAGGUUGAUAUGCCACAUCAGUGAUGGAGCCCAUGACGGUGACGACGUCAGUGGUCGGACCGGACGAGUUUGACCGCAAUGCACCGCGGAUCUGCGGCGUGUGCGGCGACAAAGCCACCGGCUUCCACUUCAACGCCAUGACCUGCGAGGGCUGCAAGGGCUUCUUCAGGCGCAGCAUGAAACGUAAAGCCUCCUUCACGUGUCCGUUCAACGGGAGCUGCACCAUCACCAAGGACAACCGGCGCCACUGCCAGGCCUGCCGCCUCAAACGCUGCAUCGACAUCGGCAUGAUGAAGGAGUUUAUCCUGACGGACGAGGAGGUUCAGAGGAAGAAGGAGAUGAUCCUGAAGAGGAAGGAGGAAGAGGCGGCCCGGGAGGCGAUGAGGCCCCGGCUGAACGAGGAGCAGGCCCGCAUGAUCUCCUGCCUGGUGGAAGCCCAUCACAAGACCUACGAUGCCUCCUACUCGGACUUCUCCCGCUUCAGGCCCCCGGUGCGCGAGGGCCCGGUAACCCGCAGCGCCAGCAGAGCCGCCUCCCUCCACUCCCUGUCCGACGCCUCCUCCGACUCCUUCAACCACUCACCGGAGUCGGUCGACACCAAGAUGAACUUCAGCAACCUGCUGAUGAUGUACCAGGACGGCGCCAGCAGCCCGGACUCCAGCGAGGAGGACACCAAGCUCUCCAUGCUGCCCCACCUGGCCGACCUGGUGUCCUACAGCAUCCAGAAGGUCAUCGGCUUCGCCAAGAUGAUCCCCGGCUUCAGAGACCUGACCGCCGAGGACCAGAUCGCUCUGCUGAAGUCCAGCGCCAUCGAGAUCAUCAUGCUGCGCUCCAACCAGUCCUUCAGCCUGGAGGACAUGUCCUGGAGCUGCGGAGGGCCCGACUUCAAGUACUGCAUCAACGACGUCACCAAAGCCGGUCACACUCUGGAGCUGCUGGAGCCGCUGGUGAAGUUUCAAGUGGGACUGAAGAAACUCAACCUGCACGAGGAGGAACACGUGCUGCUCAUGGCCAUCUGCCUGCUGUCCCCAGACCGCCCGGGCGUCCAGGACCACGCCCGCAUCGAGCAGCUCCAGGACCGCCUGUCGGAGGCGCUGCAGGCCUACAUCCGGGUCAACCACCCGGGCGGGCGGCUGCUCUACGCCAAGAUGAUCCAGAAGCUGGCCGACCUGCGCAGCCUGAACGAGGAGCACUCCAAGCAGUACCGCUCGCUGUCCUUCCAGCCGGAGCACAGCAUGCAGCUCACCCCGCUGGUGCUGGAGGUGUUCGGCAGCGAGGUGUCAUAGCAGGGGGGGAGGAGGCGCCCGGGCGCCGCAGGAGGACCCGCCCGCCCGCAGAGAACCCCCGACGCCACCCGGGAGGAAGACGGGAGGUCCUCCUCCUCCUCCUCCUCCUGAGCUCAAACACAAGACUGGACCUCUGGAUUUACACUUUCUCUGCAUCACCAGAUUCUGGUUCCAUUUUUAUUUUUGGAUCGGCAUUACCUGUCAUCACAUGGUGCAGAAAAAACAAAACAGACUCACCACCAUCCUCCAGAUUCUCCCCCAGGAAGCCUCCAAACAUCUUCUCUCAUCGCCAUUUUUCUCCCUGGAAAGUAUGAGAACUCCUGCCAUUGUCCCCCCCCCCCCCCUCGGUGGAUCCCUUCUCGCUCAUCGCUCCGUGUUUCUCCACAUCGCCAUGAAAAACAGGAGCAGACACACAGGUUUACAUCUUCUACAGCCUCUGGAGUCUCUCCAGCACCGGUUUACAGUCAACAGAUCACACAUCCCAGCUUUGCAGCGGUUUGACGGGACACGAGAGUGGAGCAGGAGUGUGUGCGUGCGUGUGUGCGUGAAUUUGUGUGUGUGUGUGUGAGUGUGUGUGUGUGUGUCCUGCCGAUCCCGGUUUAUCUGUGUUAGGUGUCGGAUAGUGACGGAGUGGCGUUUUGGGAACGUUGGGAUGUGGAGGAGGUGCUACAGCUGGAAUUCCCACAGUUCGCUCGACAAAAGGGAUUUUCACAAAAACAAGAAUGUAUGUAUAAUGCUAUAUAAAUAUAAAUAAUACGUAUAAGCUGAUAGAUAUAUGGAUAUAUAUACACACACAGUAUAUAUAUAUAUAUAGAUAUAUAUAUUUAAGAGAGCAAGACAUGGUUGCUUCCAUGGAAGCAAAUAGCUGAGUGUUGUAUAAUGUAGAGGAUCUGAAGGCCCCUCCUCAGUUGUAUGUGUGCGAGUGUGUGUUUGUGUGUGUGUGUGUGUCCCGUUAUAAAAGACACACAGAGAAGCGUGCGAGGAGGCCUUGUAUUUUUUGCGACAUGUGUACAGUGUGUUGAGAGUAUGGAUGGACCACAAGGGGGUGUGUGUUCAGGCUCUGACCGGGGGUCUCUUCUCUGUCGGCUUCAUGUUUUUUGGACCUGUGAAGUUUAUCGAGUGACACACACACACACACACACACACCCACACACAACUUCAUGUUCUGUGGAUAGUAAUUAUCCCCAAAAAAGAAAAAGAAAAGAAAAAAAAAACGUCUGGCUGGUUAGAUUGCUGCUAAGACAGUUCGCGCCGGAGGCCGGACGGAAGCCGGCCGGCCGCCGGCGGUCGCCUCAGGGAAAAGUUUGUCUGACAAUAUUGUGUACUCUGUGUUUUGGGUGUGCGUUGCGUAAGCUUACAAUCAUGAGACAGAGAUUGUUUUUUGACGCUCUAGGCAUCACUGUGAUUUCUAAUCAUUACUAAAUGACAGCAUAAGGAAGCUAAACUAGAAACUUUUUAGAAAUUACUACAAGAUCUUCAUUCCUAAUCUGAUCAAUUGAAAACGUGCGUGAUUGUACCAUCCGGCAGGAGGCCGGUGUUAAAGCCGGACGCCUCUUCUUCUGUGCUCAAACAUUGAUCCUCAUCAGCCUUAAGUUUGGAGUUUUUCAGGUCAAAGUGUGUAUUCUACAGACGGUAGCAAUAUGAAUAUAUAUAUAGAGAGAAAGAAGAAAAACAGCGAGGCUGUGGCGGUGAUGGAAUGAAAUCCUCCAGACGCUCUAAAAGCAGGGCAGCCAUACCAAGCAUGAGAAAGAACCUUUUUUUUUUUAAUAUCGAGAAAACACAAGCCUCACACCUUCUUCUCCUCACAUCGAUAUCAUUUCAACACCAGCCACAUAAGCGAGGUUUAGGAUGUUCAUUUCCGACAUCACUACAUAUCAUAUAUCUUCUCACCGUUUCUGUUGACAUGGUGCAUGCUCACCCCCUCCCCCUCUCACGCAGGCCUGGAUCACCCCCUUGUGGACAAACUUUGUAAAUACCACUUGCUAAGUCUGUACAUAGUUAGAGAUUAAUGUAGGUAAAAAUACUAAGAAGAUUCAACUGUUGACGGCAACAUGCUCUGGAAAUACGAUGCUAUAUGCAAUUAGGAGACGAACUCUUAUGUUGUAGUUAACCGGAGUGGACAGAGGGGGCGCCGCUGGCGGAGGCACCGAGCCGACUGAGGGGGUCGUAGCGUUUCGGUCAGAAACCCACCGACUUUGGCCAUUUUCACUCAUAUUGGUACUUCGCCCCGACAUUUUUAGGAACAGUAAUCUGAGGCUAAAUUAGCAAGAGAAGCAUUCAGAGUUCAGACGGACGUUAAUGCAGUAUGGAGAAGGUCGUGUUCGACGGAUCUGUGGACGAGUUUAAGACACCUCUUAUCUUAGAAUAUAUAAGACGUCUGCAGUCAGUGGCUGCUUUGUUUAUUUAAAAAAAACUAGAAAAACCCAACAUUAACCUGAUUUAUUUUUUUGUUUUUUGGAGGGACGUGUGUUUUAAUGAAAGCACUAAAGACAAAGUUCGGUUUUAAACUGAACAUUUUAAAGCACGGCGCUGAUGCUGCAUGUGAUUUGACACCUGCCUCACUGUGGCUGUGACGGUGCAUUUGUGGGAUGAGCAGUGGAGAGAAGCCUCUGGGUUACAGCGUCUCACUACGCUCAUCCCCCAAAUGCCACGUUGCUUACAAAUCUGGCAGAGUUAAAGAAAAAAAAGGGAAUUAUGAAGCCCAUUUCAAAAUAAAAAUGAUUGGAUAAUGACGUUCAAAUGGCAACAAAUCCAAAUGCUCCCCUUAUUUUGUGCAAAUCAAUACGUUCUUUAAAGCGAACACACAACAAAAAGAGAUUUUAAUGAUAAGCACAGUUAUUUCAAGCGUCUGCCUCUUCAUGUUCUCUCAAACUCAAAGUGAGAACAGCUCAUAAAAAUGUCAAAGAAAUAAAAAGUUAAACCGACGAGCCGAUCAGAAACAGAGGAUCAAACCAAUUCGAUCAUGAGCAGCAAAAACUGGUCUUUCAGGCACUUUACGGCCCUGCGAGCGUUCGGCAGGCGGAUGUUGUUUCUCCCGUUUGAAUCCUCCCAGCCUUACGGGAAAAUGUUGAUAUUAUUGAUAUUUAAGACGCUGAAGAAGUGAAGAUUUACGGGUCGAGAAUGAAUGUAACUGUGAAUCUAUUAGAACUGCUCAGGAAUAUUCCCCCCUCCUCCCCUUUACAAAUAUUUUAUACUUAAAAAUGCUUAUUUAAAACAGAUUAGCUUUACAUUUAUAGAUAUUUAAAAGAAAAAAAACUUGAGCAAGGUACAAAUUUUUGACAAAAAAAAAAGCACUUUCAACAUUUUUUCGCUUGUCUUCUUUUCAUUCACGUCAGUUUUUACGGCCGAGGUCGUAAAAACUGACGUGAAUGAAAUGAAGAGAAGCGGAACGCUGUUUCGAUCAAACUCCAAACUGCAGGAGUGAGUAGAACAGAUUCCCUCCAGAGACGCGUCGGGACGUGAAGACUGAACGUUCCCGGAGCGCCGCCGUCAGUUUGACCUUUGUGCGGCUCGGCCUCGACCCCGGCGUCCCGUCCGUCCCCUCCAGGCUUAUGGAUGUAUGUCUUUUCUCUCUCUGAAGUCAAUCGAUAAGCUUUUGACAAUUAUACAGUAUAUCCAUAAUAUUUUCAUUUUUUGGUGAACAUAAGAUUUGUUUCCCCCCCCUCUCUCUCUCUCUCUCUCUCUCUCUCUCUCUCUCUCUCUCUCUCUCUCUCUCUCUCUCUCUCUCUCUCCUGUCCUGUUUUCUUUAGUUUAUUUUUUUUUUCCAAUAGCGUGUCAGUUUGCUGUCUCGCCGGCGCUUGGCUUUGCUGCGCUGGAGCGUCGUGUUUUAUUUCUUUCUUUUUCUUUCUGUAUUUUUGUUUUUCCCGAGCAUGUAAACACGCUUGCUCGCCGCCGCUCUUCGGACUUUCAAGCAGAAACCCCCCAAAGGGCCUUUCUGACGAACACUGUGGCCUCGCUUGGACGAAACGCGGCGGGGCGGAAAAGACUCUUCUCCUUUUUCUUUCUUUUUUUCUUUCUUUCCCAGACGCAGGAUGUCAAACACACUCAAGUGAUCAGAAACUUUUACACUGCCUCAAGUGACUGACAGAGGAUUUUUAGCCAGUGGCGAGCUGUCGCAGCAGCGCGGUGGGCGUGGCUCUUCGUCCGUCGCCGCCGCCGCCAUCGAACCGUCAGUCAGUCUGCGGCAGGAUCUUUACUCUUCAUAGCUUUAACUCAGCAGCCGCUCCAGCUCUGCUUCGGACUAAAAAACACAGAAACAAACAAACGGACAGACUGGCGCACCAAGGGCUGAUGGGAGUCUGAGAGGGGGGGUGGGGGGAGGGGGGGGGUCUCUCGUGCUAAGGGACACGUCACUUCAAUGUGAAAGCGCCGAAGCGGGACGGGGACCUCGGGGGAAGGCAGCGACGCCUCUGAAACCCAAAGCGAGACAUUUGUGCGAUUCUCACCGCUCUCCUGUCGUCCCGCCGCCGCCGCCGCUCUUCUCGUUUCCGGAUAACGCUCAUCUGUUACAGGACUCUUUCUUUUGUAACGUCAUCGUCUGACAUCCUCUGCUUCAGAAGGGAUGCGGGGGUGGAGGGGGGCGGAGGGGCGGGGGGGGGGCAGCAGAAGGCGUAACGACGGAGCCCCUCCCCUCCCUGAAGCCCCGCCCACCCCCACCCACUCAUCGGCAGCAGCUCCACCUCAGUAGCCUUACUUACAGAACCUCGCUCAGCUGGAAGACAUUUCCACAGAUACCUCAGUCACUCACAGGACGACUUCACAACAGCCUUUAAGGGACGCAGACACACACACACACACACACACACACACACACACACACACACACACACACACACACACACACACACACACUACAACUCUCCUCAGCAACCUCUGCAGUGUUUCAGUUCACGUUCAGUAUACAGUCAUAUUAAGCGGACGGCGGUGGAGUCGAGGCGCCGUUAGCUCCAUCGCCGUCGCCGUUGCCGUGCCGACCGGUCAGUAUCCCAGCGGAUCCCAAUGUUUCCCAAAUAUUAACCUCCGUUUCGCCGCUUCACUCACCUCAUCUCCCGCCUGGUUUCCCAGACGACGCGCCGCGUUCAACCAAACAUACUACCUCUCCCUUCUGCACAUAUAUAAAUCUAUUUUUUUGUUGCAGCCUGAUUGUGUUUUAAUAUAAAGCAUCCAUUUUUAUUUUAACACUAAUUCAGAAGGGUUUUUGUCGAUAUGUACAGUAUAUUCCUUUUUAUCUCUUUUCAGAUGCUGGAUGAUUUCUUCUUUUCUUUUUUACCUCAGAUCUCUCGUGUAAGCCUACAGAUCUUAAGGCGGUUCAGUCCGGGCCUCUCCGGUCCCGCUCGCUCACCGAGCCGUGGGAAUUCUAAACACUGUGGAUUCAAGGCUGCGGUCACACGGCGGCGAAAGUCACACCGGCAGAUUAAAAGCAGUUAAAGGAGAAUUUCAGUGUGGUUCAGAAUUUGAAGGAAGAGUUAGACAAGAUCGUUUUAUUCAAGCUCUUUCCCCAAUCUCAUUUUUUAUUUUAAUUUUUUUCUUUAUCUUACCUUUUUCUCUUUUAUUUUAAUUUUCUCCUGAUUAUUCCAUUCUUUGUUUUCUUCCUCCUUUUAUUUUCUUCCUUUAUUUUAUUCAGACUUUUCAGUGUGAGCUUUUUAUUUGAUCGGGGGGCUUUUAUUGUGAAGGAGUGCGGCCGUGUUGAACGAUGACAAUUUGAAUCUGAUUCAGAGCAGAAACACGAGCUGUUCGGCGCCGCCGCACUUCUUGACAAUACAGCCGAGAGUCUUCCCGCCGUGUGACGGCGGCGUUGAACCGCAGCGACCGGAGGUCAGCCUGGAGACCGGGGGUCAGCCUGGAGACCGGGGGUCAGCCUGGAGACCGGGGGUCAGCCUGGAGACCGGGUCCCGGUCGGGGACGCUGCUUUUAAACUACUCAGAUGCUACUAAACGGACGUGUGUUUGUCUCGGCGGAGCGAAGCAGCAGACGUUUCUCUUUAAUCGUGUUGUUUUCUGUAACCGUUCUACUGCCGACUCGGUGCCACAGUUUGAAAAACAAACCUCUCAGUGCAGCUUUCACCGAUCUGGGAUGAAGGUCGACUCUUCUAACAUCCAAAAAUGCAACAUUUCACCUUUCCGGAGACGUCUCAGAACAUUGGGAUCCCCGUUUAGAUUUCGCCGUACCGAUGGUGUCUCCUGUUUCUUCUUCACUCUCUUUCUGUUCGUCCGAGCGGCGAGUCGAGGCUCAGCGCUCCGCCGCCUCCUUCUGCUAAAUCUCUCGCUCAGCUUUCGACGGACAAGGGUCUCCACUGUGGAGGAGACACAACAGCAACACAAAGAGACACAACACAAAUCCAAAAGACACACUAAUAACACAAAGAGACGACACAAAUGCUAGAAGACACGACAGCGAGCAGCCGGCGGCCCUGCAGACUGAAUGGACUCGGUGGAGCAGGACUGCCGUUCGGCUCUGGACCGAUCGCGCCAACGUCACCUCCAGACCUGACACCUACACGCUUCUGUUGUGGCUUUGACGCCGUGGUGACCCUUCCGGGCUUCUGUAGCUUCAAAUAAGCCUUUUCAAAAUAAAAGCUGUGAGCGUCGCGCCGAUCGCAGCAGCUCGGCCAUUCAGCUUCUAACGCCGCUUCAUGUAAUCCGCUCACACGCCACAGGACAGGAAGUCGGUCCGUCGCUCUGAUCGCAUUUCUCUGCUACCUCUUUAAAGACAUGCUUGCUCAUACACACACACACGCGCACUUAGAACCACACACACACACAAACACACACACACUCUCAGCCAGACAAACAGGCACCCUUGUGUGCACUUCUCUCUCCCUCACCAGCAGUUUUUUGCCAAUGAUGCACUUGUGUUUUUGUGUCUCAAUGCUCUGCAAAAUGUGUGACGUCAAAAACGAUCUGUCAUCUUUCUGUUUUCUUCUUUUUCUUUCUCGUUUGUCUUUUUCUUUCUUUCUUUCUUUCUUUCUUUUUUUUCCCACCCUCUAAUCUCGAUAGCCAGACCUGGAUUAGCCAGGUCAUCUAGAAACAAACAGAUUUUUAAUUCAUCCAGUUACAUUUAGAAAAAAGUUUCAUGUCUUGUAAAGAAAGGAGAAAAAAAAAAAAGCUAAAAUAACAUAAAUGCACAUAUUGCUCAGCUCAGUUGUACCUUGGUGUGCCUAGAACCCACAGCCUUAUUUUGGGACAAUAUCAGGGGUUUUAAACCAGAAUACAGGACGAUCUGUAUACCACAGUUCCUUGGAGUUUCAGUAGCUGUUCUCUUGAUUUUAUAAUUUUGAUUUUCGUGGUCGUGUCCUCUUUGUUGAUCUGAAGCUAACUGUAGCUCGCUUGUGGGAGCGUUUCUGCUGGUUGUGCUUAAUUUACUUUUAUUUAUUCUCCCCCGUUUUAAGUCCUUCUAUUAUAAUCUAGCAAAAUCCAAUGAAAUUGUUUUUAAUUUAAUUUAAUUUAAUUUAAGAUUUGAGAAUGUCCAGCAGACCGUGACUCCCGCAGCUUCCCCUCCUCUUCCUCCUCCUCAUCAUCAUCAAAACCUAAAGAUUGUUUU